CCCGCUAUAGGUCUUCCGCGCACUGCAUCCCGCUCAGCAGCGAGAGGCCUAGAGAGGCUGCGGCUCCCGCUCCCUAGACGCCCGGGGCGCCAUGGGCGAGCUCCCGUUCUUCAGGGCGCACACUGCCUUUCACCCGGACCGCCUGUGGAUCUGGGAAAAGGCCGUGUAUGUGGACGAGAACCAGCGCACUUGGCUGCCCAUAACCAUCGAGAUGGACAGCAGCCUCCAGGUACUGAUGCGCCAGGAAGAUAUCCCCCUGGGGGAGCCCGUGCGCCCCAGCCAGCUAGGCCCUUACCUGCUGCCUUUGAUGUGGCAGCUUUACCCAGGAAGAAAGUACCGAGGCUCAGACUCCAGUUUCUGGCGCAUAGUGUACCACAUCGAGGCAAGUGUGUGCUUCUCCAAGGACCAUCGGGGCAUCCUGGAUCCCCCUUCCCCAUGUCUGGCCUCUGCAGUAUAUCUGUUCCCUCCAUCUCUGCACCAAAAGCUAAAAAAAAAAAAAAGGACUUUACAACUGCAGAUUUUUAAAGGACGGGAUUAGAGAGACUUUAGAACUGAAUGACCAGGCCACCCUCUGAGGUCUCUAACAGAAGCUCCCUCGGCCGUAGGAAGGCCUCUCUGGUGGGCAGUCACGGGGUGAAGGCUGGUGGGAGGAAGGGCAGUCUCAUCUCCCCAGGGCCCCUGGAAUCCCCACCCCCCCCCCCCAGCCCCACACAGGUUCCCACCUGCUGCUCCGCGCUGUGGAGGGCCC